AUGCUUUUUCUCUUAUUCUGUUCUGGAAAUAAGGACGCAAAUCGCCUUUUCGAAGAUUUAUUAGCUGAUUAUAAUAAAUUGGUCAGACCCGUUGAUAAUAAUAGUGAAACACUUAUUGUGCGCUUUAAGCUGAAAUUAUCUCAACUACUUGACGUUCAUGAAAAAAAUCAAAUUAUGACGACAAACGUUUGGCUUCAACAUAGUUGGACAGAUUAUAAACUGAAGUGGAAUCCAUCGGAUUAUGGUGGCGUUGAGGUUCUUUAUGUGCCUUCUGAUAUGAUUUGGUUGCCUGAUAUCGUUUUAUACAAUAAUGCUGAUGGUAAUUAUCAAGUGUCGAUAAUGACAAAAGCAAAACUCUUGGCGAAUGGAACGGUUGAGUGGGCGCCUCCAGCAAUUUACAAAAGUAUGUGUCAAAUCGAUGUUGAAUGGUUUCCUUUCGAUGCACAAACAUGUGAAAUGAAAUUUGGAUCAUGGACCUACGGAGGAUUGGAAGUUGAUUUAAAACACAAGGAUUCGCAUUUGGUAAGAGAAGAACAGGAGACCGUCUUGGGACUCGAUGGCGAAUAUGAAGAGACAGUUUGGAUUGUCGAUGAAGGUAUCGAUUUAAGUGAUUAUUAUCCGAGUGUUGAAUGGGAUAUUUUGCGAGUUCCAGGCAAACGCCAUGAAAAGAGGUAUCCAUGUUGUGAAUCGCCUUUCAUUGAUCUAACUUAUGAAAUUCAUUUGAGACGCAAAACAUUGUUCUAUACAGUUAAUCUGAUAUUUCCUUCUGUUGGUAUUAGUUUUCUCACUGCUCUUGUGUUCUAUUUGCCUUCAGAUGGCGGUGAAAAAAUUCCACUUUGCAUUUCAAUUUUGAUUUCUCUACAGUUGUUCUUCUUGUUGUUAGUGGAAAUUAUUCCUCCAACAUCAUUGGUGAUACCACUUAUUGGCAAAUAUUUACUUUUCACAAUGGUACUUGUAACACUUUCUGUUGUCAUCACAGUAAUUACUUUGAAUGUUCACUUUCGAUCGCCAACGACACAUUUAAUGCCGCAAUGGACUCGUAAAUUGUUUAUCGAAAUAUUGCCGAGAUAUCUUUUAAUACAACGGCCACCACCAAUGAAUCUUGGGCCAGUCUCCAAGAUAAAUCUCGAUUCGGCAUUUAUCCCACGAAAGAAAUCAUCUGGAAGAUGGAGUUUCAGCACGAGGCCUCGAGAUUAUUUUGCAUCUGCAAUGUUUGAUCAGAUGGAUUUUUUAUCACCCAACUACAGCUCUUCAAUUAGUGGUACGAAUGUUGCUGAUCAAAGUAGUAAUACAAGUUUUCAAAAAGAAUUUACUCCAAUCAAAAGCGCUGUUGAUAGUGUUUCAUACAUAGCCGAUCAUUUGAAAAAUGAUGAAGAAGACCGGCAGGUUGUUGAGGACUGGAAAUAUAUAUCCGUUGUAAUAGAUCGAAUUUUUUUAAUUCUUUUCACAACGGCUUGUAUGCUUGGUACAAUAACAAUUAUCUUUCGUGCGCCAACAAUUUACGAUAGGACUAUUGCUUUGGCAUAA